AUGUUCUCGUAUGUCUGGAGCUCAGCCAGCACAUAUUUCCACCUGCCCAUCGACGAAGACGACGACGAGAGCAGCGCCGCCCCUCCUUACCGCACCAAACACCUUCCCUGGCUAUCGCCCGAAGGCACAGACUCUGACGACUCCGACGACGCGUCCUCCGCUCCCUCCGGCUCUUCCACACCCACCGCAUCCUCAUCCAGCCCUCCCAAAACCCGUGCAGGCCCCGCGCCACCUCCGAAGAGAAGCAAGGCGGUAAUCAACGAAAUUCUCGCCCAGGAGGACUGUUACGCCGUGCUCGGCCUAUCGCGUUCCUCCCGAACAGACAGGGCCUCUCUCCGGCGCGCCUACCUCUCGAGAAGCAAGGCCUGCCAUCCAGAUAAGUUCCCGGACAACCCCGAGGCUACUCGCGCGUUCCAAAAGGUCUCUGUGGCGUAUGACAUCCUCUCCAAGCCAAACUCGAAGCGCCUCUACGACUCUCGCUCGCAACAAGCUCCAUUCGACUUCUUCGCCUCCCGGUCCUUUCCCCAGGCCGAGGAGACGUUCCGCAGCGUCGUUAUCGGCGUCUUCAACGACCUCCUCGAUGGCGACCUCGAGAUGGUCCGCACUCUUCUCUGCGCCGUCAAUAGCAUGAAUCCAUCUCUCCAGCUCGGUGAGGAGGGCAUCAACUCCGUACUCAUGACCCUCCAAGCCAUCCGUACCCGCGCUCUCACCUGUCGAACAUGCAUCCUGGCACUCCACCACGAACUCACCCGCCUCCUCGAAGUGCAACGCGCCUUCCGCCAGCUCUCCUACUUCGACCUCCGCCGCCGCUCCCACCUCUCCAUUCAGAUCGCGCGCCUCACCCUCGGCCUCCCCAUCGCGCUCGAAGACGCGCUCCGGCGCGAACGACAAGUCGGCGACGGCGACGCAGACGACGACGACGACGCGGGCCGCGACGGUGUCGGGGACCCUGCGUCCCGCAGAGCCACUGCCGCGCAGACCGCGCUGCUGAACCGCCAACUGUACGGCCUCCUGCGGACUAUCGUCACUGUACUCGAGCGCAUGGAGCGGCUCGUCGAGAAGUAGCCCCGGUCGCUGCCGUCGCUAUCGUCUUCGCAUACACUACAUUAUUGUUCUCCUUAUCCACACGGUGCCCCGUCGCAUAUGCAUCUCUCACAUCGGAUCCAGCCAGCAUACUUACCAUAGAUAUCCCCUCCCCUCUCCCUACUUUCCUUCCC